ACCCAGUGCCUGCGGCGGCUCCCCGUUCGGCUGCUCUGAAGAUGGCGGAGCGCGCCGGUGGUGGCACAUCCCUGAGGGGGCUGCGGGAACGGAUGGUUGCUGCUGCUAAUGCCAUUGCUGAAGAAAGACGGAGUCAGGGUAGCUUUAGCGCUCUUCCAUCACAGCCCUCAAAUAUAAAAUCAGCAUUUAAACCAGUAAUAGAUGGAUCUGUGCUUAAAAAUGAUGUAAAGCAAAGAUUAGCAAAGGAACGCAGAGAGGAGAAAAAAAGACAAGAUGAUGCUAAUAAAGAGACACAGCUACUUGAAAAAGAAAGAAAGUCUAAGAUCGUAUACGAAAAACAGAUGGAAGAAAAGCAGCGAAAGCUGAGGGAACAGAAAGAAAAGGAUGAACAACGGAGAAUAUCUGCAGAAAAAAAGAGAAACGAAAAGUUACAGGAAGAAAGGGAGAGAUUCAAAGCUGCCCUUCAUCGUACACUGGAACGGAGCAGCCGUAUUGAUCAUCAAAAAAGAUGGUCAUGGGAAGGCUCUACAACAGUGAACUAUCAGAAUAAAACAGCCAACAGACAUUCUGUAUCUACUGAAAAGCUUGAACAGGGGACUUCUGGAUUACAUAAACAAGUGUCAUCUGCAAGUCCUCAAAAUUCUAUUGCCAAGAAAACAACAGAAAAGAGGAGAAGCUCAUCUCUGAAUAGAAGAUGUAGCAAACUGCAUUCAUCUACAGAACAAGUGGAAGAAAAAACACCUGGCAUCCACAAUAUAUUCCAAUAUGUAAACAUGCCCCUGCUUAAGCACAGCAGUGAUGAAUUGAAGAGUACCAUAGUGCCUCACAAGUCAACAGUGGUAAUACCUCCCCAGGAGAAAGUAGACACACCCUCCAAGACAAGCGUGGAAACGGCCCCCAAGGCGAGUGUGGAAGUGCCCCUGGAGGUGAGCAUGGAAGCACCCCCCAAGGCAAGCUUGGAAGUAUCCCCCGAGGCAAGCUUGGAAGUAUCCCCUGAGGUGAGCGUGGAAGCACCUCCCGAGGCAAGCUUGGAAGUACCCACCGAGGUGAGUGUGGAAGCACCUCCCGAGGCAAGCUUGGAAGUAUCCACCGAGGUGAGCGUGGAAGCACCCCCCGAGGCAAGCGCAGGAACACCCCCCACUAGUGUGGAAACAUCACCUGAGGCAAGCGAGGAUCUGUUCCUUGAGGCGAGUGUAGAUCCGUCCCCACAGGUGAGCAUGGACUCAUCCCCAGAGGUGAGCGUGGACUCGUCCCCAGAGGUGAGCACGGAAGCGUCAUCUGAGGCUAGUGUGGAAGCAUCUCCUGAGGCGAACGUGGAAGCAUCCCCAGAGGAGAGCACAGAAGUGCCCUCUGAGGCAAGUAUGGAGGCGUCCCCCGAGGCCUCCCCUGCGGUGACCAUGGGAAUGUCUUCCAAGGUGAAAAUGAAAGACUCUCCACAGAAAUCAGAAACGGACAAACAGGCCUCAAACCCGAUUACAAAGAAGCGCCUAUCACCAUCACAGAUACCGUGUUAUAGAUGGUCAUCUUCUCCUACAAGCAGGUGGUGUUCUCCAUCUCCCAUCAGUGCUAGCAGGCAAAUCCAAAAGAAUCGCCCCCCGUCACCUUCACCCGCCACGUCAAAACAGUCGACACAGUUUUCUUUUUCCUGUAGAGUAAUUCCUAUGCAGCGUACCGUAUUUGCACAAAAUGCAUUAGGUACUAUUGGAAUGAAAAAUGAAGCCAUCUCUAACACCAUUAACAGCUCUGAGACUGCAAGCCAAAAGGAUAUGAUCUGUGAAGAGUCUGGUAAUAAAAGCACACCAGGGCCUAUGAAUGCCGAGGAGGCAACAAAAAUUUUGGCAGAGAAACGACGCCUUGCUCGUGAACAAAAGGAAAAAGAGGAAGAAAGACUACAAAAAGAGAUGGAGCAAAGGAAAAUGAAAGACAUAGCAAAGAAAGCAGAUGAAGGCCAACAAGAGGAGUUCUCAAAAUUUGGAGAUGGGCAACCACCAAAGGAGAUAAAGAAGGAAGGAAGUCAAGAAGAACAAGACCAAAGAGUGGAACUCCAGAAAAGCGAUGCCAAAAUAAAAGCUCAGGAGGAGGCUGACAAACGCAAGAAGGAACACGAGAGAAUUAUGUUACAGAAUUUGCAGGAGAGAUUAGAAAGAAAAAAGAGAAUUGAGGAAAUUAUGAAGCGGACAAGAAGGCCAGAUUCAAAUACCUCAAAGGCUACAGAAACAUUCAGCAAUGAUGCAUAUGAGGAGGACGAGGCAGACGAUGAGGACGAGUCAGAAAGUGACAGUGAUUCCUUUGAUGACAUGCAUCCAUCAGCUUUUAUAAAUGGCACAGAGUCAUCCACAAAACCAAAAACACAUUUUAAAAAUGUGAAGAACACUCGCAAGCUGGUGUUUUUAGAUGAGACUUGUAGCUACAUCCGUAAAGAGACAAAAACACUUUUAAAUUGUGACAUGAAAACCUUCAGACAAAAAAGAGUGAAAGACCCUUUGAAUCAGACAAAGAGUGCCAGAUCCUUCACCAAAAGAACAGCCAACCGAGCAGCCAAAACCGGAAAGGCAGAAACCAGCAACACCGUGGGACCUUCCAAGAGCUUACAUUCAGAGGCACGGGAUUGGGUCUGCGACAAGAUUAUUGACCUCACAAGCGAGAUAGAACCACCUAAGUCCAGUAUCCCUCCUGAUAGCCGAAAACACCAUCUGAAAGGUCCCAUGACAUCCUGCCUAAGUCACCAGCCGCCUAUAGACAACAAGAAAAUAAGCAAAUCUGUUUCUGCUCUAUCGGAUAUGUAAACCUCAUCCAGCCUGGAAGAGAAGCCAUUCUCCACUCUGGAUUUUGACCUCCAGGAACACCUCUCAAAAUUUCUCCACCUCCUACUUGAACCUGGCAAAGAAAAUGACUCUCAAAAAAAAAAAAAAAAAAAAAAAAACGGGAAACAUCAAAACGUCAUCUUAACAUAUCUCAGAAGAUGCUCAUAUCAUCUCGACUCUUGCCCACAAGCAAGGGUUCUGAGUAAAGAGUCGUUUUGUUUUCCUGUAAAAAUCUUCAUGUCUCUCGUUCUUGUGUUUUCCUGCCAACACGUUUGAGUGUGUAUCAAGGGUGUCUUUAUAAAAUGCUAACUCUUGAGUUUCUAAGAGAAUCUCUACCAGAGGAAUAGUUUUUUCUCAGUAUAUAUUUGAAAUCUUAAAAUCAUGUUUACUCCAUUUAACAAUUAAUUUACCAAUAAAAACUCACAUUUGAUCUUGUA